AUGAGCAGUCUACGUCACAUCUUCAGAGGCCAGUCUUUAUGGAUAACCGCCGUAUUCAUGAUACUUUUAAUCUCAGCCCAUGCUUCAUUGAUUGAAGGAAGAAUGGUUGAGUCAACCGAACCUAGAUAUUAUUGUCAAAAGAAAAUAUACCAGUUCAGUGAAGUUGAAUCGGUUCGAGAAGCAGCUUGUAAUGGAUUCAUAUCAAUAAGGAAAGAUUCGAAACGACCCCUUGUUCACACUGAAGAUGAUGAUGAUGAAAAAUUGAUAUAUGAAUGGUUGUUUCCUUUCGCCUUAUCCAAAAAUGCUCAAGGUAAAGAAAGGAAAAAUGUCGAAAGAAUAAUUUUUAAUAAUAGCUGUGAACUCUUAGACGUGCUUUAUUACAAUACACAAACACGUGCAUUUGAGUCUUGUACAAAAGUACCCGAUGUCCCAGCAAUCACAUAUUUUGAGAUGGAAAAUGUUUCGGCUGAGCCUAUCGUUCGUUGCGGAUCAUUAUCAUGGGAACAAACAGAGCUUCAACUUCACUCAACUCGUAACUUACCCCAAUUCAUGAGUGGUUUUGUCGAAGUAAAGGACACAUCUAGUGAAGUUGAUGGUCCAUGGAAGAGGAAAAUUUCGAGCAAACGAGUGGUAAUAAAGGAUAAACCACAAAUUAUCUUCUACGAAAUCAUAAUAGAUAAUCAGAACCAAGUCCGCGGUGUAGUCGUUACUCACAACAUAAGUCGAAAACCAUCUGUAGCUCAUAAUUCUAAUCUUACUACGGGUAAGACGCCAACUCUACAAUCAGCCCAGAAGAAAGGAAUUAUCAGACUCGUUUGCCUGCUCGACAAUACAUUUCCGCUUUUUUCUUCAACACCAAUAUCGACUGUAACUAACCCGAAAAAACGAAAGAAUCGUGAGUAG